AUGGCCGGGGCCAAGAAGAAGAAGAAGCCCGCCGCCAACCCGGCCAGAGGCUUCGCCACCACCUCCGUUGCGUCAUCCAAGCCUCGGACCGAGCCCGCUGAGGGCGCCGAGACUGCCGCCGCAGCCCGGACCGCCACGGCCGCUCCCAAUGCCGUUUCAAACCAGGAUGUCCCGCCCUCCGACCCUCAGUCUGCGUCUGUCGGUGCCGGUGACAAGGCUACCAAGACCGAGCUGAGCCCGGAGGAAUUCGAGAAGCAGCUAGACGAAUCCGAGUUGCAACUUUUGGUCGAAAAGUAUGCCCAAAAGACCAAGCGAGAUGCUCAACGCCAGCGCACGAGGCUCGAGACCGAUCGUCGCUUGCUCAGAGGUCAAGCCGACACUGUGAACUCCAGGAAAUGGCUGCCCCAGGAGCUGAUGGAUCAAGUCCUUGAUCUGAUCCAGGCUGAGAGUCGUUUCGCAUCCUCUAGCGUCUCUACCGAGACUGCUGCCAGCGGAAAGCUGUUGCCGGAAGAGGACAUGAUUAUUAAGCUUUGGACUCUGCAACAGACCCUCACUGGCGUUGGUUUCCCCGAAGAGCGUGUGCAGGCCGUCAUGCGCCACAUCCUUGAUAUUGCCCCCAACAUACCAUCAACUGCGAAAGAUAGCCUUUGGGGUCUUGAAGAAGCGCUCGACUGGAUGGCCAGGGAGUGCCCAAGUGAUGAGCUGCCUGACUACGAAGGCCGAGGCAAACAGGGAACCAGACAUUUAGCUGAGAGUCCCUUGCCGUCAGGGGCAACCACCCCCAGGGCCUCUGAGUCCGGUGGUCGCCAAAAGGGCGGGCAAAAGUCCAAGAACGGUGGUUCUGCUGCUUCCAAGAAGAAGGCUGUCGUGAUCUGCGAUAGUGACAUUGAGCCGGAUGACCUGGUCCCAGUCUACCUGGAAACGAAGGCCAAGCUGUUUGAACUUGAAAGAAGCCAGCAAGGCAAGAAGAAGCAAAGGAACGGCAACCCCGAAGCAGACGAAGAGUCUGAUAAACUGGACAAGCUUCGGGCAAAGAUUGACAGAAUCGAGAAGGAUGUCCUGUUCGACAAGUUCGCUGCCGAGCAGCAGUGGAGGACUCAAAAGAUGGCCUUGGAGAAGGAAAUUGCUGCUGCAAGGAAGCAAAAGUCCCUAGAAGAGGCCGAGAGAGAGGCGGAAAGGGAGACAGAGGAACCAGUCGCGUCUUCCGAUGGGGACAUUAACGACGAGGCUGAGCGCAUUGCCGCCGAGAUUCUCGCGCAGGGUGAGGAUGACGAGGACGGCGGUCUCAGUGAUCUUUUUGCCAACCUGCCUGUCACCGAGGUUGAUGCUGCAGGCAAAUCAAGCACUGUGCUGAAUGGCGCUGAUGGCGUCAAAAUAACGAUUCGAGAUUUUGGAAAGUGGACUGGCGUCACUCCCAUGCGAGCGUUGGAAGAAGCUUGCCGAGCAAGAGAUACUGCGGCAAAGAUUACCUAUCGCCUCAUCUCCGAAGUGCCAUUCGCCAAUCGGCAUGCUGUCUCUAUUUCAUGGUCCAAGUCCCAGGAGAUACCGCCACCGUCUCAGGACGACAGUGUGGAAGUUGGCACCUAUCCGUCUAGCUUUCACUUCAGCAUGAAGGUGAUUGCCACCCCCGACAAGAAGCAGUCAGAAGCUUACGUCGCGACUUGGGCUUUGUUCCACAUCUUUGGCACCUCGACCAAGGAAGAAAAGGUUGGGAUGAGACUGCCUGUCGUCUGGCGUGAGCUAUGGGAUGAGCUGGCAGAGGCCCGAAAGAGCCAACUGGAUGCCAAGGAUCGUGAGGCGAUCAGAGAGCUGCGGUCUCUCGUGCGCCAGAGACAGGAUCAAGAGCUUGAAGAUGGCGUCAUCCUUCAAAGUGCUUUUAAGGGAAGAAGUACGGCACGCAAUCAGAACGACAAGGGAGACGAAACUGCUCAGGACGCUGCCAAGCGACUCUCUGGUGGACCCGAGUACUACCAGAACAUCUGGGCCCAGAAGGCCAACUCUCCUAGAUACCAGGCCAUGCUCCAGUCUCGCAUGCAGCUUCCCAUGUGGAACUUCAAGCAGCAGGUCACGGAUGCUGUCGACAGAGAACAAGUGGUCAUCGUCUGCGGAGAGACCGGAUGUGGAAAAAGUACUCAGGUGCCGGCUUUUCUACUCGAGCAUCAACUGGCCCAGGGCAAGGCAUGCAAGAUUUACUGCACUGAGCCACGUCGAAUCUCGGCCAUCUCAUUGGCCCGCAGAGUCAGCGAAGAGCUCGGCGAGGGUCGAGGCGACCUGGGAACUUCGAGGUCGCUGGUAGGGUACUCGAUCCGACUUGAAGCCAACACCUCCCGAGAGACGCGCUUGGUGUUCGCAACCACGGGUAUCGUUAUGCGAAUGCUGGAAGGCUCCAACGAUUUGCGGGAGGUCACACAUCUGGUUCUCGACGAGGUUCACGAGAGAUCCAUCGACAGCGAUUUCCUCCUCAUUAUCCUGAAGAAGCUCAUGUUGAGACGUAAAGAUCUGAGGGUGGUUCUCAUGUCGGCCACGGUCGAUGCCGAACGGUUCUCCAAGUACCUCGGCGGAGCACCAGUGCUGACGGUCCCUGGUCGAACGUUCCCUGUUCAAGUCCGCUACCUGGAGGAUGCCAUCGAAACAACUGGCUACACUGUCGGCCAGGCCCCUCAGGAGAAGAUGGUCGAUCUCGAUGACGAUGUGGUCGAGACGGAAGUCGAAGGGCCCAAGUCCAUCGCUGGAGCUGACCUCUCUGCCUAUUCCGCCAAGACUAGGAACAGUCUGGCCCAGAUGGAUGAGUACCGGAUCGACUUUGACUUGAUCGUCCAGCUGAUUGCCAAGGUCGCUUCCGAUUCCGAGUAUGUGGCAUACAGCAAGGCGAUUCUUGUCUUCCUACCCGGCAUCGCCGAGAUCCGAACACUCAAUGACCUCCUGUCCGGAGACCCUUCCUUUGCGCGCGACUGGCUCAUUUACCCGCUCCACUCAACCAUCGCAACCGAGGACCAAGAGGCUGCCUUCCUUGUUCCGCCUCCCGGGAUGAGGAAGAUCGUACUAGCAACCAACAUUGCGGAGACUGGCAUCACCAUACCCGACGUGACAUGUGUCAUCGACACGGGCAAGCAUCGCGAAAUGAGAUUUGAUGAACGGAGGCAGCUUUCCCGACUCAUCGACACCUUCAUCUCCCGCGCAAACGCCAAGCAGCGUCGUGGACGAGCUGGGCGUGUCCAGGAGGGACUUUGUUUCCACAUGUUUACGAAGCACAGGCAUGAUACAAUCAUGAGCGACCAACAGACUCCGGAAAUGCUGCGUCUCUCACUCCAGGAUCUGGCCAUCCGGGUCAAGAUUUGUAAGAUUGGCGGCAUCGAAGAGACACUUAGCGAGGCGUUGGAUCCCCCUUCGGCCAAGAACAUUCGUCGCGCCGUGGAUGCGCUCAUCGAUGUUCGGGCUCUGACCCCUGCCGAGGACCUGACGCCCCUUGGCAAUCAACUUGCCAGGCUACCCUUGGAUGUGUUCUUGGGCAAGCUGAUCCUGAUGGGUGCCAUUUUCAAGUGCUUGGAUAUGGCGAUAACUGUGGCUGCCAUUCUGUCAUCCAAAUCGCCUUUCACUGCACCCUUCGGACAGCGUGCGCAGGCCGACCUUGUGCGCAAGGGUUUCCGUAGGGGUGACUCGGAUCUGUUGACGGUCUACAACGCGUAUCUCUCAUGGAAGCGCGUGUGCCAGUCGACGAGCGCUGCUGGCGGGAAGGACUUCCAGUUCUGCCGGAAGAAUUUUCUUAGCCAGCAGACGCUGGCCAACAUUGAAGACCUCAAGGGCCAGCUCCUAGUUUCGGUGGCAGAUUCCGGGUUCCUCUUGUUGACUGACGACGAGAGAAAAGCCCUUAACCGGUUGCGGUAUGGUGCCAACUCGAGAGGAAGACGCCAUCAGAACUUCUUCGACAUCCCUCAACGCGUGAGCAUCAAUAGCGAGAACGAUGCGAUCACGACGGCAGUCAUUGCGUGGAGUUUCUAUCCCAAGUUGCUGGUUCGCGACAACCCGGGGAGCCGGGGCUUGCGCAACGUCGGCAACAACCAGUCCAUCAGCCUGCACCCGUCCUCCGUCAACAAGGGCCACAACGAGCUCAAGUGGCUAUCCUACUACCACAUCAUGCAGUCGAAGAGUGUUUACCACGCACACGAGACCACGGCUGCCGACCCCUUUGCAAUUGCGCUGCUAUGCGGCGACAUGUUUGCCGGCGUCCUCGUCCUCGACGGCAACCGCUGCAGGUUCGCCCUGCCCGACUGGAAGACGAUGCUCGUCAUCAAGGUCCUCCGCACCAGACUCCGAGAGCUUCUUACCCGCUCCUUCAAGCAACCGGGCAAGCUGCCCACGGCACAGCACGAGCGGUGGUUGGCAAUCUGGCAAAAGAUCUUCUCCCAGGAGGCGAACAAGGACAAUGGAAACACGACCGUCAGCAAGGCAUAG